CCGGUUUCUCAUUGAGAAGCGGCUCAAAAGAACGAUUCGGUCAGUCUUUUAAAUGGUGACUGACUGACGGACUGACCGCUGUGAGGAGAUUAGUCUACAUUAGUUUAGUUAGGUAGUUUGUUAGUGUUUAGCCUAGGAUCAUGGCCAAAAGCGACAGUUACUCCUAUUUCAAGAGAACCAGUCUGUUCUGGUUGGUGGUCGUGACGGUUUAUGUGGGUUUUUACACGUGGAUGGUGUUUUGGCCUCAGGACGUCCCAUAUGGCAGUCUGGGUCCUCUCGGUGCUCUGGCCAAGCAUUUGGUGGACAAUCAUUAUCCUUUGCUGUAUUACGGAUGGUUCCUGAUGUGGGUCAUCCAUUUGUUCGAGUCUCUUUUUGCAAUGAAAAUCUGCAGUGAUAAAGGCAUCGACAGCACAUCCACACGUUUGCUGUGGUUCGCUCAGACGUUCCUGUUUGGUUUCGCGUCUCUGGGUCUUUUGCUCAAAUACAAGCCCGACGGCCGCUCCAAACGCCAUUGACAGAAACAACAGCCGGACUCCGGAGCUUGUUUCCCAGCAGGACACUGAUCUUUAUAUUCCAGAGGAUAUAUCAAGCAGCAGGUUAUAUUUGAACAGUCACAUCCACCUCACUGAUUCUAGAACAGCCUUACGCUGAAGGCUAAAUGUCACAUCCGAGGCCUUGUUUACAUGAUCUUAAGCUCUGUCAGCAGCAUUAGUGACAUAAUGCCUGUCACCACAGAAAAUCACUUCAACUCACACCUCAGGGACAGUCAGACACGUACAGUGCAAAAAAAGAGCAAGAAACAUCAAAAUACACACUGAUAUACAUGCUAACAUUAGACUAGUGUGAGACAAUUACCUACUAACCUCGAGUGGUAUAAAAAUCUAAUGUCACACCUCCUGUAAUGGCCUUGUAAAUUCAGUAAACAUGGUAACUUUCACGCAAUGUGCUCAGAGACACAUAGACAAUACAUAGAGAAUAGUCAUAUAAAUGUCAUGCAUAUAACUUUGUGAUCCAUUAUUCUGAAUUUGGGGGAAACACUAUGUAUGAAACAAAUCAUUAUGAAAUGUAUUAUUGAUUUAUGAAUGGUAAGUUUAAAACAAGUUAGGUCAAAAGUAAUCCAACGUAAUCUAAGAAGUAGUCAGAAUACAUUACCAAAAAUGAGUAAUCUAGAUUAUGUUACUAGUUUUCAUCUUGUAAUCUGUAAUCAGUAACGGACUACAAUUUGUAAGCAAUCUACCCAGAAUUGGCUAAAAUAUUUAUUCUGGUACACUGAAAUUUUUUUUUUUUGGAUUUACUUUGAAAAGCAAUUUUCAUUACUGCUGGUAAAUUUCACAAAUAAUUACAAAGAAACACACUUAAGAAACAACAUAAUACUUUUACAAUGCAUUAUAUAAAAAGUAAAGUGUUUUUGUAUCAUUUUAAAAAAGUACUUCAAGAAUAUGUUUUAUUUUGAACUUUGGAUAUAUUUUACAGUGUGUAUUCUGUUGUAAUAAUGAGAGGGAGGGGGGAUAAAUGUAUAUAUAUUUAGUUAUAAUAUAAUUUUCAGUCAAGAACCAGGGAUUUGGAUGCUUUAAAGCUUAGAUAUAUUUUAAAGCAAUAAUUCAUGAGCUUGAACAAAAACAGGUGUACAAUAGUAUUUAGUGCUGCUGGUAACAGGAGUCCAGUGAUUUUCUGUGAUUUACUUCAAACACUGUUGCUAGAUCUGAUGAUGUACUGAACACAGAACAUUCCUCUAACAGUGUUCGGCCGCUGCAGGUUUAGAAACACUGCUGUAAGUGCAGUUGGUUAUUUUUGGCACAGUAGAUUGUUGGACUCAAACACAUUCCUGAGGAAGAACUGCAGUGUGUACAGCAUUCAGACUCCAGUCUCUGUGUUUCUCUGCUGGAGUGUGUGUGAUAUGACGUGAUUUUGGAUGCAGUGUUUAGCGCUGCUCAGUGUUUGAAUGAAAUGGAAAUAAACUGACUGAUUUGA